CGAGCGGCGGCGCCGGGGCGCAGUCAUGGCGGCCGCCUGCUCCGCGGCGGCGGCCGCGCGGGGCGAGGGUGCGUCGCCGGAGGCCGAGGCGCUGGCCGCGGCCCGGGAGCGGAGCAGCCGCUUCCUGAGCGGCCUGGAGCUGGUGAAGCAGGGCGCCGAGGCGCGCGUGUUCCGCGGCCGCUUCCAGGGCCGCGCGGCCAUGGUGAAGCACCGCUUCCCCAAGGGCUACCGGCACCCGGCCCUGGAAGCGCGGCUCGGCCGGCGGCGGACGGUGCAGGAGGCCCGGGCGCUGCUCCGCUGCCGCCGCGCAGGGAUAGCUGUGCCAGUUGUCUUUUUCGUCGACUAUGCUUCUAACUGCUUAUACAUGGAAGAGAUCGAAGGUUCUGUGACUGUCCGAGAUUAUAUUCAGUCCACUAUGGAGACUGAGAAAACGCCCCAAAGUCUCCUGGGCUUAGCCAAGACAGUCGGGCAGGUUUUGGCUCGAAUGCACGACGAAGACCUCAUUCACGGUGAUCUCACCACCUCAAACAUGCUGCUCAAACCCCCUGUGGAACAGCUGAACAUCGUGCUCAUAGACUUUGGGCUGAGUUUCGUUUCAGCGCUUCCGGAAGAUAAGGGCGUUGACCUUUACGUGCUAGAGAAGGCCUUCCUCAGCACCCAUCCCAACACCGAGGCUGUGUUUGAAGCCUUCUUGUAGAGCUACUCCACCUUCUCCAAAAAGUCCAAGCCGGUGCUGAAAAAGCUCGAUGAAGUGCGUCUGAGAGGAAGAAAGAGGUCCAUGGUCGGGUAGCCGAGUCUGUCUGCCAAGUACCGAUGUUUAGGCCAUUUAUGUCAAAGGGAAUUUGCAGGAAGGGCCCGAACAUGAGAUUAGACCUAAAUAAAGGUGUUGAGAUUCUUUUAA